CAAGUCUAACACUCUUUCUUUUUCUUCUCCUUCAUCUCCAGUAUGAUUCACUGACUCUCUAUUUCAAAUCAACCACCACAAAUAUCUGCUUCGAUUCAGACUAUUUUGAGCUCAAAAUGACAAUUUUGUCUUCCUUCUUCAAGAAAGCUUCCACUGCUUUCAAUGGCUACUCUUCCUACUCCAAGCUUCUCGUUGUCUGCACUCUCAGUAGUGGAGGUCUUUUGGCAUACUCGGAAUCACAACCGGAUGUUAGCACUCACAGUGUUGAAGGUGAUCAAAGCGAGUCUAAGAAGAAGAAAGUGGUGGUACUUGGAACAGGAUGGGCUGGUACAAGUUUCCUUAAAGAUCUCGAUGUUUCAUCAUAUGAUGUUCAAGUUGUUUCACCUAGGAAUUAUUUUGCAUUCACUCCUUUGUUGCCUAGUGUAACCUGUGGCACAGUAGAAGCACGAAGCAUUGCAGAGCCAAUCCGAAAAAUUAUAAAGAAGAGGAAUGCGGAAAUUCAAUUUUGGGAAGCAGAAUGUACCAAAAUUGAUCCAUCAAAGAAAAUGGUUUCCUGUAAGUCAAACCUUAACAAGAACUUGGUGGGAAAUUCAGAGUUCUCUCUGGAAUAUGACUACUUAGUUAUAUCAGUAGGAGCUCAAGUAAAUACUUUUGGCACCCCUGGUGUAAUGGAGAACUGCCAUUUUCUGAAGGAAUUAGAGGAUGCUCUGAAGAUCCGCAGGACUGUGAGUGAUUGUUUUGAAAAGGCUGUCCUUCCUGGGCUAAGUGAAGAAGAAAGAAAGACAAACCUUCAUUUUGUAGUUGUCGGAGGCGGCCCCACUGGUGUGGAGUUUGCUGCAGAGUUGCAUGACUAUAUCCAAGAAGAUUUGGUCAAAUUGUAUCCUUCAGUUAAAGAUCUUGUGAAGAUAACUAUAAUCCAAUCUGGAGAUCAUAUUUUGAACUCAUUUGAUCAAAGAAUUAGUUCGUUUGCUGAAACUAAGUUUCAGAGGGAUGGUAUUGAGGUUCUAACAGGAUGUCGAGUUAUUAGUGUUUCUGAUAAGGAAAUUAGUUUGAAGAUUAAGUCCACGGGAGAGGUUUGCUCAAUACCCCAUGGACUGGUUUUGUGGUCAACUGGUGUUGGGACUCGUCCAGUUAUAAGGGACUUUAUGGAGCAAAUUGGGCAGCCUAUUGAAAUUGCGGAAUGGAUGAGUAAUGUUUACCCAAUCAUUUAUGCUCAAGCUUUUGUUUUCCAGACUGAUAGGCGUGCUCUGGCAACAAAUGAAUGGCUGCAAGUAAAGGGAUGUGAAAAUGUAUAUGCCCUGGGUGAUUGUGCUACAAUCAAUCAACGCAAAAUCAUGGAAGAUGUUGCAACCAUAUUCGAGGUUGCAGACAAGGACAAGUCGGGUACUUUAACUGUUCAAGAAUUUCAAGAUGUACUUGAUGACAUCCUGGUAAGGUACCCCCAACUGGAAAUCUACCUAAAGAACAAGCAUCUGAGGGGUGUGGCAGAUCUGUUAAAAGAUGCUGAGGGGAAUGAAAGAACAGAAGUGGACAUUGAAGGGUUUAAAUCAGCUCUCUGUCAUGCGGAUUCACAAAUGAAAAGUCUGCCUGCAACUGCACAGGUUGCUGCUCAACAAGGUUCAUAUCUUUCUAGGUGCUUCAACCAUAUGGAGCAGUCUGCAUAUAAUCCUGAAGGUCCACAACGGUUUAGAGGUUCUGGGCGUCAUCGAUUCCUUCCAUUUCGGUACAAGCAUUUUGGCCAAUUCGCUCCUUUGGGAGGAGAGCAGACCGCCGCAGAAUUACCUGGAGACUGGGUUUCCAUGGGCCACAGCACACAGUGGCUCUGGUAUUCUGUGUAUGCAAGCAAGCAAGUUAGCUGGCGUACAAGGAUUCUACUGGUAUCUGAUUGGACGAGAAGAUUUAUUUUUGGGAGAGAUUCUAGCCGAAUUUGAGGCAGGAACUAAAGAACCUUCCAAAUCAUCACGGGGUGCCUCCAUUAAAUCAUUGCUGUGUAUGAACCUAUUAUAUAAUAUAGUUUCAUAUAAGUAUCGUUUUUAUGUAUAUUGUUUGUUAUGAGUGAGAAAUGGAUGCAUAUUUCUAGUUUCUAGUGUAUAUUUUUAUUGCUUCCAUUGCAGUCUCGAACUUGAUUGUUGUAUAUUAUGAGUAAUGAAAUUUAUGAGGGAUUGUUUA